AUGCGCUGGGAAUUCCUAGACAAGCAACAGGCAGCGCUGGUUCUGGCCCUCGGAAUCACUUCUAUACUGAUUCAUCAUCUGUUCUCUAAAUACUACCGACUGUACCACAUCCCCGGGCCUCUUAUCGCAAAGUUAACUGAUCUCCAUCGCUUCUUUUGCGUGCGGUCUGGCUUCAUACACCUCUAUCAUGCCAAAGCCCACGAGCGAUAUGGCCCCGUUGUGCGUUUCGGGCCUAAUAUGGUUUCGGUCUGUGAUCCAGACGCCAUCCAGAUGAUCUUUCACAAGAGGAAUGGAUUUGACAAGGCAUGUGGUUCCGAUUUCACUCAAAACCACUUUAGACCAUGGACCCCUGAUGGCCUGCUGCUCUCCGUCUUCACUGCAAACAACGACGAGAAAAAUCGACGGAUGAAGCAGCACAUCGCCAUGUACUUUUCUCUUUCAUAUGUCGUAUCAACGUUCGAGAAAAGAAUCGACAGGACAAUCAACAUGUUUCUCAAUCAACUCGCCCAACAGUUCGUGGCCACAGGUGCGAGCUGUGACUUGACACAAUGGUUCAAGUUCUUUUCCUACGAUGCCAUGGGUCAAAUGACAUUUUCUCGCGCGUAUGGAUGUAUUGAGCAUGGGAAUGACUCUAUUGGUAUCAUCUCUGAUGUCAAGAACACCAUGCUUGCCAUUGGACCUCCCGAACCUGUUUCUUGUCUCCUGAUGUACGUGUUGAAACGUAUUGCAGAGCGUAAAAACAACCCAACGAAGUUUCACAAUAAAGUCGACGCCGGUCCUGACCUCAACAGCGAUUUCCUUGGCUAUUUCAUACAAGCCCAGGAGAAGGAAUCCAACGAGGUACCUCCUCGGUUUCUUUCAACAUGGACCUUGGCCAAUAUUCUGGGAGGAUCUGACUCGACAGCCUCUAUGCUUCGGUCAGUUGUCUGUUUUCUUGUGGAAAACCCUGACGCAUUGCAAAAUGUGCGGGAUGAGCUACAGAACAAGCAACGAGACGUCACAGGUUUCUCACUGCCUGUCCCAAAGUGGAACGAGCUACAAAACCUCCCUUUCCUGGAUGCCUGUAUCACCGAAUCCCUUCGACUCGACCCCCCAUUUGCCACAUCUCUAGAACGGAUUGUUCCCCCAGGAGGCAUGACAGUCUGUGGUCAUUUCCUUCCAGAAGGUACAGUGGUAGGUAUGAACCCAUAUACCACGAAUCGUUACAGACCAACUUGGGGUGAGGACGCAGACAUGUGGCGGCCAAGCCGCUGGUUGGAGGGUGAUCUGGCGUAUAAAAGAAAGCUAGAGGCCAGUUUAUUAAGUUUUGGGGCUGGUACGCGUACUUGCCUUGGCCAGAAUGUUGCAAUGUUUGAAAUCAAGAAGCUUGUAGUAGCUCUUGUUAUGAAAUAUAAUUUCAAGCUUAUCAAACCCCGAGAAAAGAAUAACAAGUAUUCUUGGAUCAUAAUGCCAGAAACUGUUGAGGCAACAAUCAAGUCUUCCGCGAGCUAG